UACCUUAUAUAUGCUCAACAAUGUCCCUCUAUUCACAUACACCAACUUGAGAGCUUGACCAGAAAAAAAAAUAUAUCAAACAGAAAACUAUUGAUUAUAUAUAUAUGAAAAAACUUUUCGUUCAAUAUUCAAACAAAUACAUGGCUACGUGUGUUUUGCAUUAUCUUCUUGUGGCAUUUCUGAUUGCCAUUAGUUACAACAUCGAUGCAGCAUCGGCAGGAAUUACGCGGCACUACCAGUUCGAUAUUCAACUGAAAAACAUCACAAGAUUGUGCAAGACAAAAACAAUCGUGACGGUCAAUGGAAAAUUUCCAGGGCCUAAGGUUACUGCAAGAGAAGGAGAUAAUCUACAGAUCAAAGUUGUUAAUCAUGUAUCCAAUAACAUCUCUAUCCACUGGCAUGGGAUCCGGCAGCUAAGGAGCGGAUGGGCUGAUGGACCAUCAUAUGUAACACAAUGUCCAAUUCGGACCGGACAAAGUUAUGUUUACAACUUCACGGUGACCGGACAAAGAGGAACCUUGUGGUGGCAUGCACAUAUUCAAUGGAUGAGAGCCACCGUGUAUGGACCCUUGAUCAUUCUCCCUAAACUCCAUCAGUCUUACCCGUUUCCCAAACCCUACAAACAAGUCCCUAUAAUCUUUGGUAAUAUAUUUUUGGACCAUCAAUGUUUAGUGGUUUUUAGAUUUUGGUUUUUAGUUUUUAGUUUUUACAAAAAGAAAGGCACUAGCAUCUUGGGUAUUGAGGCCCACCCUAUUCAUCUUCAUGGCUUCAACUUUUAUGUGGUGGGUCAAGGGUUCGGCAAUUUUAAUCCGGCCAGUGAUCCAAAACAGUACAAUCUAGUCGAUCCCGUCGAACGAAACACCAUCAAUGUUCCUUCCGGUGGUUGGGUCGCCAUCCGCUUCCUUGCCGAUAAUCCCGGAACCAACCCUUGUCCUAAAAACCAAACAUGCCAAGGACCAACGAAUACGACGAAAUUCGCAGCAUCUAUCAACAACGUGUCUUUCAUCUUACCAAACAAGACUUCCCUACUACAAUCAUACUUCACUGGCAAGUCUAAGAGUGUUUUCAUGACUGAUUUCCCAAGUGCCCCUAUUUUCCCAUUUAAUUACACGGGUACGCCACCAAACAAUACAAUGGUCUCAAGAGGGACCAAAGUUGUGGUCUUGAAGUACAACACAACUGUUGAGUUGGUGUUACAGGGCACUAGCAUCUUGGGUAUUGAGGCCCACCCUAUUCAUCUUCAUGGCUUCAACUUUUAUGUGGUGGGUCAAGGGUUCGGCAAUUUUAAUCCGGCCAGUGAUCCAAAACAGUACAAUCUAGUCGAUCCCGUCGAACGAAACACCAUCAAUGUUCCUUCCGGUGGUUNGUUUAAUGGACUUCCCGGCCCAUUAUACAAUUGCUCUACAAAAGACGCAUACAAACUGAUGGUGAAACCUGGAAAGACGUAUCUACUACGACUGAUUAAUGCUGCACUCAAUGACGAACUCUUCUUUACCAUAGCCAAUCAUACCUUGACGGUUGUUGAAGCUGAUGCUAGCUACGUUAAACCAUUCCAAACCAACAUCGUGCUUCUUGGUCCGGGCCAAACCACCAACGUACUACUCAAAACGAAACCUAGUAAUCCAAAUGCUACCUUCUACAUGUUGGCAAGACCAUACUUCACGGGCCAAGGAACAAUAGACAAUACAACCGUUGCGGGGAUUCUCCAAUACCAGCCUCAUUCCAAAUCUUCUAAGAACCUUUCUAUUAUUAAACCAUCUCUCCCUCCCAUCAAUAGUACAAGCUACGCCGCAAAUUUCACAAAAAUGUUUAGAAGUUUGGCGAGUUCUACAUUUCCGGCUAACGUGCCAAAAAGCGUGGACAAGAAUUAUUUCUUUACAGUCGGUUUAGGAACCAACCCUUGUCCUAAAAACCAAACAUGCCAAGGACCAACGAAUACGACGAAAUUCGCAGCAUCUAUCAACAACGUGUCUUUCAUCUUACCAAACAAGACUUCCCUACUACAAUCAUACUUCACUGGCAAGUCUAAGAGUGUUUUCAUGACUGAUUUCCCAAGUGCCCCUAUUUUCCCAUUUAAUUACACGGGUACGCCACCAAACAACACAAUGGUCUCAAGAGGGACCAAAGUUGUGGUCUUGAAGUACAACACAACUGUUGAAUUGGUGUUACAGGGCACUAGCAUCUUGGGUAUUGAGGCCCACCCUAUUCAUCUUCAUGGCUUCAACUUUUAUGUGGUGGGUCAAGGGUUCGGCAAUUUUAAUCCGGCCAGUGAUCCAAAACAGUACAAUCUAGUCGAUCCCGUCGAACGAAACACCAUCAAUGUUCCUUCCGGUGGUUGGGUCGCCAUCCGCUUCCUUGCCGAUAAUCCCGGUGUGUGGUUGAUGCAUUGCCACAUUGACAUACAUUUGAGUUGGGGUCUGACCAUGGCUUGGGUGGUUUCGGACGGUGACCUUCCAAAUCAGAAGCUCCUUCCUCCACCCUCAGAUUUACCUAAAUGUUGACCCUGACCGAUCCAA